AGCCGAAGAACGAGGCCCGAGGCCCCGCCCGCCCGGCCGCAGCGCAGCCGUCACGAUGGACGACCCGUGCGUGUCUCCGACCCGGCCCGCGGCCAGCUCCCGGCAGCCGCCGCCGAUUCCCGCGGUGAGCGCCCGCGCGGGGGGCCCGCUGCAGGCGGCCGUGGCGGAGCACCUCUUGCAGCUGGGGCGCUUGCUCCGCGAGGUGGAUGCCGAGACCGGCGCCCUCGCGGAGCGCCUCGCCGGCGCGGUCGCGGUGAGCACCGCGGCGCUGUCGGCGGCCGGCCCUGGGGCGGCCGCGGUCCCGCUGGCGGGAGGGGACUUCGGCCGCCGCCAGGGCGUGCGGAGGUGCCCGGAGAGCCUCCAGGGGCCGCACGUGUCUCCGGUCCCGAGCAGCGCCAGCAGCUCCCACGGGGCCGGCCUGUUGCCCCGGUACCUGCUGCCGAGGACGCGGAGCAACACGUCCCUGCCAGACGCGGCUCAGCACAACAGUGGGGACAGCACGGUGAGCUCCCAGAGUGUGCAGGCCCCCGUCGGCGUCGGCUUCAGGACGGCGUCCCUCGAGGGCUUCCACGGCAGCGUCCUCUCGGUGCCCUCGGGCGAUUACUCGGCCAGCCAGUCGAUCACCGAGGACGCCAACACCGCAGACAUCGUGGACGUGCUGGCGCGUGGCGGGCCCAGGACCGUGUCCUCGGAGCGGCUCGGCAGGUGGACCCUGGGAGGCAGUCGGACCUUCCAGGUCCUGCAGAGUCCCUGGCUUGAGGCGUUCUGGGCGUGCCUGAUAGUCCUCAACACGAUCGUCAUGAUCACGCAGGAGGAGUACAUGGGCGCCAAGGCGGGGCAUGGCCUCGGCUACUACACGCGCUACGGGUCGCCCGAGUACAACAGGGCCUACUGGCCCGGCGCCGAGAGCGCGUUCCUGGUACUCGAGUCGACCUUCGCCGUGCUGUUCACCGUGGAGGUGUUCCUGAGCAUGCUGAGCAAGGGGCUGCGGUUCUGCAAGGACCCGUGGGAGCUGCUGGACUUCACCGUCGUGGUGUGCUCCGAUCUGUCGGUGCUCUUCGUGCUCCUGUCGGCGGACGACAGCUUGUCCGAGGGGCCCGUCAAUGUCUCGAUGUUCCGAUUACUUCGUCUCGCUAAAUUGGUGCGGCUGGUGAAACUGCUCAGAAAGAUCGAAGGAUUUGACGCCUUGCA